UAAAAAUAAAAUAAAAACAAAAAUAAAAACUGUCUCUGUUUUUUUGUAAAAAGGUUAUUGAAGAGGAGAGUAGCAUCAUCAAAGAGGGUCGGGUCGGAGAAGCAGCAAAUCUGAAAGAAAACCCAUAAUAAUAGUAUCAUGGCGAACAGCAAUGGAGGUGUUGGAGAAGAAGAGUUGAAUCGAUUAGCGGAGCUGAGCAAAACCCUAAAAGAAGGGGAGAGAAUUCUAGCACCGACCAGAAGACCCGACGGUACACUCCGAAAGCCCAUUCGGAUUAGGGCUGGGUAUGUUCCUCAAGAGGAAGUCGCCAUUUAUCAAUCCAAAGGAGCUCUCUUGAAAAAGGAGAUGGCCUCUCAGCCCCAACUGGGCCCACCUGGCUAUGAUCCUGAUUUCGACUCCAGUUCUUCUUUAAAGCCCAAGACUAAGUCCGUUAAGAGAAACGAGAGAAAGAAGGAAAAGCGGCUACAGGCUGCUCUUGAAAAGGGUAAGAACAUGGAACAAACAGUAGGUGGGGAGAUAAAAUUGGAAGAAGCACCACCUGAUGAAGAUUUAGGUAAUGGAUCGGAGUCUAUCGAGCAGUUAACAUCUCAGAUAAAUGAGCUAGCUGUUUCUGCAAAUGCUAGUGUAAUCACCCCUCCCUCAAACUCAACGGAGGGUUCAAAUUCAGGAAAUCCUGUUCAAGAUAUUGAUAAAAGAAUUCGCGCACUUAAAAAGAAGAUUCGACUUACAGAAGCUCAACUGCAGAAAACCACACAAGAAGAUAUGAAGCCUGAGCAGUUGGAAAAAUGGACAAAGCUUGAAGGCUGGCAUAAGGAGCUACAACUAUUGGAAGAUAAAAAGGCUGAAAUGGCAGCAUCAUGAACUAGAGUUGGGUUGGAGAAACUUUGUAGUUUCUGUCCUUGGUGCUUUCUUGAUAAAGAUAAAAACCCUUUAUGGUGGGAACAGGAGUUCAUCUAUCUAGAUUUUGUUCGUGUCAGCUGUGUCACACAUGCAUCCCGAUUGACCAUAUGGUUCUAUUCUCGCAGUUGUUCCUCCACAGUAAUAGGGUUAAUCUGCACAGUAACUAUCCAUCUCUAGUGUUUUCUUAAUUAUCUUUUGUUCAGUUUCUAA